UCUUCCUCUCCUCUUUUCUCAGGGUGUCUCCCCAGCAACUAAAUCAAAGACUUGUUAAAAUGUCAUCUCUCCUUACCCCGCAUCAUCUCUCCCUAUCCCCCAGGCUCUAAGUUCCCUCCCCAAGCCCUGAACAAAGUCAGUGACAGAAGCAGAAGUAGGAACUGAGCUGCCUGACUGCCAGAACAAUGGAGAAUGAGAUGAGACAGUGCUGGGAGGUCUAAUGCAGGUAGUUGGCAAGGAGCACAAGAGAAGAACAGCUAUUGCUAGUAUUUGAGGCUGUUGUUUCAUAGUGAUCUCCUUCCCUGGCCACUGGUACAAUUGCUCACCUUUACUUAUAAAAGAAAUAAAAGCCUGCGCUUUACUGAACUGUGCUUACUUCUGCAAAGCAGAAUCUCUUUUAUUACUCGUGCUAUGAGUCGUGCUAUAAGGCACAAGUAAAAUGUGGAUUGUGCAGAUCUCACACACACCAAGUUCUCUCUAUCACUAGCUAGAAAUAAUCCUUGUCAUCCCAACUUUGCUUUCAGAACCAACUAACUUCCUUGUACAAAGCCUUUCUGAAGCAAGACAUUGCUGGCUCUGUGUAAAUGUGUGAAUGCGAUCUGGCAAAACAGAGGUGGGACCGCUCAGGGAGCGGUCUGGGACACGACUGCACCUUCGUGUCUCUGUGCAGCCACGCUGUCUGUAGCAAAGUGCGUAGGUUGGACAGUGCAGUGGUGCCUGGUAGGAACACAUUGAUAGAAAAGCUACCAGGAGAGAAAAGUACUUUUGGAACAGGCCAGACAAAAUCCUGUCCGGAAUAGAUCAAAAUCUGUGAGUGGAAAAGUGCAGUAGGACUUAGCUGGGGGUACUUGGUUGAUGGAGGAGCAAUGCAAUAGCCCAUGCAGGACAAUUUCCGUGCAUUGUUCCCCUUGUUUAGCAAACACAUCUCCAGAUACCAGCAAUACUGUUAUCUGACAGGAGUACUUCUCUAAACUCCUUCAAUCAUUCUUAAUGGACAGAACAAGUUUUCAUCAAAAAUACUCUCCCAGAAUGAUGUUUGUUUUCAAAAUACAGCUCUGUUUGGCUGGUUGCACUGUCUCCAUCAGCUGGAGCUAGAUAAAAGGGCCAAAUGUUUGGCUGAAUGACUGAGUUGUCUUCAGAGAGAAGCAGCUUAUGUUCCAGAAGGAAGGCAAAGGAAACAGGUUUGCAAUUGUUUGCGUCAUGCUUUCUCUUCUCAGUGUACAUUGUGAGGUGGGGAGACAGGUUAGUCAGCAGGUGAGAAGCUCCAAAUAGUUUCUGGGGCACCCAAAGAAGACACACAGUGUAUCCCCUCUCUCCUCCAUGCAGUCAGAGGUAAGAACUCUGGGUUGGGAUCAGUAAUGCGAAAUGCGGUUGCAGGGUAGGGGAAGGGGAUUUCUCAUCAUCCUGGUUCCAUUUCCAACCUGCAGCCGGGCUAGGUGUUCACUCAGGAGACACUGAGUGCUUCUGUUUGUAUGUUGUUUGGUUUUAACAGAUAGCUGUGUUUUGUUGCAAUUGCAUUGUGACUGAACAACUUGGAGUAGCUCUGGGAAGGAUAUACAUUAUUUAAUCAGAUCAAAAUAAUAGCAUGCAUUCAUUCUACAAAUACCAGCCCCUGUGAUGGGCCUGUUUGAAGCAAGCCAGCUAAGUAAUUCACUUUUUCUUGUCUCAUCCAUGCUUUACAGGGAUGGUGGCUUUCCUGCUAGUUUCCCAGGAGCCAGAGACACCAAGUCGCAGUUGGUAGAUGGGCAGGUCUCCUGGUGCAAUGGAGGACGCGUCAAGCCAGAAGUCAGGACAGAGCAAAGACACACUAAGCUCCCUCACGCCACAAGAGUCUCCUGUCCGUUUUAUACAUGUCAGAUUGGAAGAAUAUGAGCCCGUGGACCUCAGCAGCCGGGAUCUCAUCCUAGAGAAAGCCAGAGAGGUCUGCAAAUGCAAUCGUCAAACUAUCAUCAGUUUCUUCUGUCACCUCUUCCCAGUGUUGGAUUGGCUUCCCCAUUACCAUGUCAAGACGCAGUUGCUUGGGGAUGUCAUAUCUGGGCUGCUGGUGGGGAUAGUUGCCAUCCCUCAGUCCAUCUCGUAUUCCCUAUUAGCGAACCAGGAUCCCAUCUAUGGAAUCUACACCAACUUCUUCUGCAAUAUCAUCUACUUUGCUAUGGCCACUUCACGCCAUAACUUCGUCGGCUCCUUUGGUGUCCUGUGCCUGAUGAUUGGGCAGUCUGUGAAUCGGCACCUUCAGCUAGCAGGGUACAGUGACGACAACACUGGCUCAUUGCUGGUGGGGAACUCCACCUCCCCCACUAAUGGGACAGGUGUCUGUGACAGGAGCUGCUACGCCAUCACUGUGGCACUUUCCUUAAGCUUUCUGGUCGGUCUUUACCAGAUCCUGCUGGGGGUUUUACAGCUGGGCUUUGUGUCUGUCUACCUGUCAGAACCUCUCCUCAGCGGCUUUGUGACCGGCUCCAGCCUCACCAUUAUCACCUCCCAGAUGAAGUAUCUCCUGGGACUGAAAAUCCCUCGUCAUGAAGGGGUGGGAUCCUUCAUCUUGACGUGGGUUGACCUUUUCGGAUACAUCCAGAACACCAACAUCUGUGACCUGGUGACCAGUCUGAUUGCUUUGGCCAUCAUUGUGCCUGUCAAAGAGAUCAAUGACCGAUAUAAAGACAAGAUGAAGGCCCCAUUCCCUGUAGAGCUGCUGGUGGUCAUUGUAGCAACAGUGCUAUCAUACUAUUUCAACUUUGAAGAGCGGUACAAGUCUGCUGUUUGCGGGGCCAUCCCCACUGGCUUCAGGAAACCCACCUUACCAGAUACUAAACUGUUUUCCAGCCUGGCAGUUGAUGCUCUGCCCAUUGCUAUUAUUGGCUUUGCCAUGACCGUCUCCCUGGCAGAAAUCUUUGGCAAAAAGCAUGGCUACGCUGUCCGUGCCAAUCAAGAGAUGGUCGCCAUUGGCAUGUGCAACUUGAUCCCCUCUUUCUUCUACUGCUUUGCCAGCUCUGCAGCCCUGACCAAGACUCUGCUGAAGGAGUCCACAGGGACACAGACCCAGAUCUCAGGCCUGGUCACCUCCUUGGUGCUGCUGCUAGUGCUGCUGUGGAUUGCUCCGCUCUUUUACUCACUGCAGACAUCCAUCCUGGGGGUAGUCACCAUCAUUAACCUGCGGGGCGGCCUGAGGAAGUUCUGCGACACCCCCCAAAUGUGGCAGCUCAGCAAAGUGGACACAGUGGUAUGGUGGAUGACCAUGCUAGCCUCAACGCUGAUCACCACAGAGAUCGGGCUCCUUGUGGGUGUCUGCUUUGCUCUGCUCUGCAUCAUCUUCCGCACGCAGAGACCCAGGGCCACGCUCCUGGGCAAGGUCAGUAAUUCAGAAAUCUAUGAGGACCAAUCCACUUACAAGCAGCUCAGCAGUAUUGCCAACAUGAAGAUAUUCCGCUUUGAAGCAUCCCUUUACUAUGCCAACAAGGAUUAUUUCAAGACAGUUCUCUAUCAGAAAACUGCAGUAAACCCUACCCUGCUAGCUGCUAAGCAUCAAAGGAUGGAAGCCCAGGCAAAUGCAGACACGGGCCACAGCAAGAGCUUUUUCUGCACCAGAUUUCACUGUCUGAAACCUGCCAAGAAAAGGGCUGAGCAGUCUCCAGCAGAUGUUUGUCCUCCUUCCAUAGAUAUGCACACCUUAAUCAUUGACUGUGGGGCUAUGCAGUUCAUAGAUACUGUGGGUCUCUCUGUGCUGAAGGAGGUGCAUCAUGACUACAAGGAUAUUGGUGUCCAGGUGCUCUUGGCCAACUGCAACCCUUCCAUCCGUCACCUGCUUCAGCAGGGAGGCUGGGCUAGCAAUACAAACUGUGGAAGCCAGUUGGCUUUCCACAGUGUCCAUGAUGCAGUGCAGUUUGCUGAAAGGUGGUACCAUGUGCAGCAGGAGAGCAAGGAGAAAAAGGAUGCUCUCCUCGACCCUGAA